GCGAAAUGUGCUUGAUAGACGCCGCUCUGGACUCUUACCUUUGGCUUUUAAUUUAAGUAUGAUACAAUUUUUUCUUUUUCCUGCUGCAAAUAGAAAAUUGCGAUGAAAAGAAGAAAAGAAGAGAUCGGUCGCAGCGACAGAAUAAUAAGAUAAUGGACCCCGCAGGACUGGAGUCUCAACGCCUCCAACCCCUCAUUUCCUAGACAAUAGCACCACGUCAAAGCCUUACCCUAGCUCCAAUUCCCAAAACAACACAAUUGCCAAUGGUGCAGCCAAUUUACAGAGUUUUUGUCCAGCUUUUGUGAGCGCGAACCAUCAACAUGGGGGAUCGCGACUGGAACGCAUUUCCACCCAGUUCGUCACAGGCGAGGUACCCUCCCCACUCUCAAGAUCAGCCAGGAUCAUCGUACGAUGGAUUAGAAAGUCGGAGUCCCAUCGCGAGGUCAAGUAAUGACCAGGAUCCACGACCGCGAACAGGUGCGAUCAGGCGUCGCCCGGUGCCCGGACAGGUCGUCGACCAGCAACAGGCACGCGCCAACGCAAUACAAUCCGCGGCGGAGAUUGUUCGCCAGGAGCCUCGUCAUUAUGCUCCUCCACCUGUCAGUUUAUGGCCUACUCAUGAUGGACCAAUUAGUCGAGCGCCCUCGGCCUUUGGUUCGCUGUCCGUCUUUGAAGAGCCGCAGGAGGAGUUGUUGAUUGAUCUGUCGGCGAGCGACACGGAGGGUCCCAGGCAUGUUCGCCCAUCGCAUCCCAAUCGCGCUCCCCCCGUACGCGAUUAUCGAACGCAACCCAAUCCCAUCGAGCGCGAUCAAGAGAUGGCCUUCCGUCUAGCGCAGGAAUUCAGCCUUCUCGACGUUGACGAUCCGAGCGACAUACCAGCUGUCUUCCGCGAACAAAUGGAGGCCGUACAGGGGCGUCAUUCACAGAGGUCCGCGACGCGCAACGCCCUCCUAUCCUUCGGACCGGAAGAGCAAGACAACCAGUCCAACUCCGAAUCGCCCGACGAAGAACGCUGCGACUGUGAAACCCUACCCGCGUACGGCGGACAAUGCUUCUUCUGCUACCCCUGCAACUGCAUCUUUUGCCCAGACUGCUGGCCGCGGUCGCCGCCGCAUCGAAAACCGCCAGUGCGCGGCGGCAUCCCGCACGAGAAGACCGACCCCAAAUUGGCGCGGAUCAUAGAACAGACGCUGGAGACGGAUGUUGAUGAGAAGACGCAGUCGUAUUUGCAUAUGCGGGAUGAAGAUUCAGCGUGGUUUGGCACGGUGUGGGAUGAGAGUGACCUGUUGUUCCAGGACUAUGGGAGAUACGCCAACCUGAUGGCGCAGAUGUCGGGGCGGAAAAGACAGGUGCGGUAUCCGGGGUUGGUAUCGUUUGUGGGUCAGACAGGAGCGGGAAAGAGUACAUUGAUAAAGCUUCUCAUCGAACUGCGCCUGAGCACCGAGCAGGACGCCGAGGUGCCCGUCAUCGGAUCCGUCAAGAACCAGGACCUGCCGACCUCUGGAGACGUCCAUCUGUAUUCGGACCCCGUCUCGUCGGAUACCGAUGCCCCAAUCCUGUACGCUGACUGUGAGGGCCUGGACGGCGGAGAGCGUGAGCCCAUGGGCGUCAAGUCCCGCAAGGUGAAGAAGCACCUCCAGACCUACAACAUGCCACAGGAAGUCAAGGUCCGUCAGAAUGCGUCCGAGCGCGACUUGCUUUGGGCGAUCAAUGAGAAGACCCAAAGCCGGGAGUAUAUCGUGCGGAACCUGUAUCCCCGCCUGCUAUAUACAUUCUCUGAUACCAUCGUGUUUGUGACGAUGAAUCCGCGAGUUAUCGAGAAUGUCAUAGACCAACUGAUUGACUGGGCGGCCGCCGCUCUCGAAAAGUCAUCGAAUCAGCCUGUUCUCCCACACGCCAUCAUUAUCCUCAAUGCGGCCGAGAACAACACCGACCCUCGACUGUGGGAUGUCGAUGCAUCGACCGAACAUCUAAUGGAAGCGACCAAAGAGGCAAUCGAUAGGAAUCACAACCUUCGUGCGCGAGCUGCAUUUUGGGCCCCCAAGCAACGACGCAUAACCUCCGUUCGCGAUCUGCUCCUAUCCUACUACUCGACCAUUCGGGUUGUCCGCGUACCGAAGAAAGGACGCCCCAAUUUGAUUGACCAGCAGAUCGAGCGACUCUACGUGGAGAUCAAGACGGCGUGUAAGCGGUCUCGUCAGGUUAAAUCUCAAUGGAGAAUGCUUCUCAACUCGGACGAGUUACAGCCGUAUCUACAAUACGCGUUCGACCAUUUCUCUCGCGAACUCGACCUGCCGUUUGACUUUGUGGAGGCGUCGUUUGCAAACAGCCCCAUUCCGUCUGAUUUCGGUGGAAACAUCCUCAAACUGGCGAGGGAUAUACUGGAUGUGUGGAAGGACCGAAUUGAUGGUCCAACCAUUUUCAAGGAGUUGAGCUAUCUAGUUGCUUCCUGCGUGAUGUUGGACUCGGCUCGCCGCAGAACCCUAGGACCCGCGGAAAGCGUCUUCAAAGAAUAUCUCGAGUACUUCGACGACACACUCGACGACUUCUGCGACCACCACUGGCCCUGCGAAUACCGCAGUGCCGAAGGCCGGUGCGUCAACGUGCGCAGCGGGCACCAAGCAAAAGGCCACCAGCUGAAAGACGGACGCGUGCUCGCCGUGCAGGAGUACCAGUCGUCCUUCACAGCCGACGCCUUCCGGCAGACCUUCCGGUCUAUGAUCUUCAAGAACCUGACGGCCCUGCUGAUGAAGCUCGUCGCCGCCACGGGGCGGUCCGCCGAUCGCGAAAUGAAAGAGGCGGCCGUCAUCCACCGCGAUAUGGUGCUGAAGAAUUUUUAUCGUCAUCUAGGGGGGGCGUCUAUGUUUAUCAGUCAUACGGCUUGCUAUGCGUGUCUGGUCGAGCCGCCGGAGCAUGCGUUGCCGUGUGGUCAUGUUCUCUGUACGCUGUGUGUGCGUGCGUUCGGGACGAGUCUGGGGAAGCAUGCUGUAGAGAUUGCGGCUUGUCCGUUGCAUUUCGAGGAGACAGAAGGACACUGUCCGCCCGGAUGGCCAAUAUUUAUCAAACCCCCGCAAGCAGGCACACGAAUCCUGAGUCUGGACGGAGGAGGCAUCCGGGGAAUCGUGGAGCUGACGAUCCUUCAGCAAAUCGAGAGAGAGCUGGGCGUCGGCCUCUACAUCCAGGACUUCUUCGAUCUUAUCGUGGGGACAAGCACUGGCGGCAUUAUCGCGCUCGGCUUGGGUGCAGCGGGAUACUCCGUAGAAGAUUGCACGCGGUCAUUCCGGUCUCUGUGCACCAAGGCCUUCACAAAACGAAGGGGCAUUGGGAUCCCCGGAUGGGAAUGGUUGAUAUCCGCAUCCAACCACAGCAAGUACGAAACGCGACCGCUGGAAGCUGCGCUGCAAGGAUUCUAUGGAGAAGAUCGUUUGUUCGGCGGCUCUCGCCAUGAUCUCCAGCCCACGUCGUUGAGACGCUUGACCAAAGUGGCCGUGACGGCGACAACGACCGCUGCCUCGGUCGUCGUCCUGGCCAACUACAACCGACGCAGCCCCCCGGGUUACUCGUCAUACCGAUUUAACCGCUCUGAGAAACCGGACAGCGAGAUGAAGAUCUGGGAGGCAGCGCGCGCAACGUCCGCCGCGCCGCGCGUCUUCAAGCCUUUCUUCCACGGCCCAUCCGGACAGAGCUACCAAGACGGCGCCAUCUACCACAACAACCCCGUCGAGAUCGCCGUCGGCGAGCAGCGGCACAUUUGGCCCGAGGCGUUGGAAACUCACCCUGACAUUGUCCUCUCCGUAGGCACAGGAUACAACCCUAAAUCGGAUAGUCGGGAACCCAACCAGGCGCCCAAACCAUCCUCACGAGGCGUCAUCUCGCACGUCAGAUCACUCACCAGGAUCGGAAUUGACCACAUCCACAACAGCCUCGAUUGCGAGCGCACAUGGAAGACCUUUCUCGAGAAGAGCCCGCCACCGCCGCAGUUCACAGACCGCUACAUCCGCGUGAACCUCGCCCUCGAUGGGGAUCCCCCGCACCUGGACGACGUCCGCGAGCUCAACAAGCUCAGCGAGAUGGCGCGGUUCCGCUUUACCAAGGAGCGCGACACCGUUCGCUCGAUCGCCGACCGGCUCAUCGCCUCCUCGUUCUACUUCGAGCCGCUCGCCCCGCCCAACACGGUCGAAAACCCCGACGGUUCGUUCACCCUCAAGGGGAACAUCCUUAGCCGGUUCCCGAACAACUCGGAGCAGAUCCUCUACCUGGGCCAAGCGUUCAAACAACGCUCCAGUAGUAUGUUCAACCUCGGCCACCGCGACCAUGAGCCUUACUUCCUGAUCCGCGAGAGGCGCCGCGAGCGAGACGCCCAGAUGUACCUCGUCAAGCACAAGACUAUCUCAGACAUGAUGCAGCAUGGGACCUUCUCCAUGAACAAAGUCGAAGUCCGUCUGACGCAGAGAAUGGCCGAAACGGAGAUCCUCUUCUGUCCCGAAGGUGACCGCAGCCAUCCGACCUAUUACCCUAUUAGUGGGUUCCCGCGCUGUCUCCUCGAUGAAGAAGUAGCCUCACCAUCCAAAGCAAAGUUCACCCCGCGCCUCACCCGCUCCCGCUCCUCCUACCAAAGCCGACCCCGCGACGCAUGGCGCAAAACCUCCCAAGACGAAGACAUCACCUCAUCCAACCCGAUCGACCAAUUCACCGACCAAGCCUACGUCUACCCGGGCGACACGCUAGGCGUGCACAACCCAGACUCCCAUCGUCUGUAUGGCGGCGACGGCGAAUUGAGAGUUCCGGGCGAUCGCAGCAACACGCCUUCAGCGUUUGCGCUAAGUCCUAGCCCGCCUCAUCGGAUCAUAGAUAGUCCUGCGGCUUUGGUGCCGAGAUCUUUUAUGCAGCAGGAGUACCAGCAGCUGACGCUAGGGCCGGAUGCUGAGGCUGAUGAUACGGUGUAUGAGUUGGCGGAUACGUCUGUUUAUGUUCCGCCUGUUGAGUUGCCGACGCCGUUUAAUCGGAUUGGGUUGGCGGUGACGAGGGAUGAUGAUGAUGAUGAUAUGAGGUAACGGUGGGACGUGGUGAUUUAAUUGAUUUAUUUGUCUGUUUGGUUCCCUCGUGGUGUAUGGAUGAAUGUCAAGGAGUGAAGUGUAUGCCAGGAAAUAUAUGCCAUUAUGACCCCAUGCCGA